AUGUCUGAAUCACUUUCUUGCUACACAAAUUCUCACUCCGAAAGUUUACAUCCUGCUGAAGCAAUUAGCUAGCAAUAUUAACCUUCCCUCCAUGAUUUCGCAAGCAUCAAAAGCGUUUCUUAUCCUCAACUUUCUAAAACAUACAAUUCAUUUAUUAUUGGAAAAAUGAGAUUUUCUAAGUUGGACUCAUCUAACGGCCUUGAAGUUUAAUAUGAAAAUAUCUUAGAUGAAUUAGACUAAUAAUGUGAAGAAGCAAAAUUGAAAGAUUGUUGCCAUCUUUCUGACAUUUCUGAGACUGCUGCAACUAAAAAAUUAGAGCCAAAGAAAAAGAGAGCUCAAGAAAAAUAGAGUAGUAAUAAAAAUAUCUCUAAGAAAAAAAACUUGCUUUCCAUAACUGUCAAUGCCAGAGUUGUGAAUGACAUUAAAAUAAUUUAAUCAAUUAACUUCAGCUCUUCUUUCAUAGAAUUUUAUCGUCAAACUUCAGAUGAAUUCUAAACAUCCUUCCAUUCUCUACCUUUAGAAGACUAGACAUACUAUGCCAUAUUUUAAACAGCUUUCGAUAAGAUUACUGAGAACCUAAAAGAAAAAUAUGCUCCUUACAUAUGUCCCAUAGAAAAUUAUUUAAACAGAAAAAUUGACACAAAAGUAUGCAUUGAAGUAACUAAAUAGAGCAGUAAAGAUGAAAAUAAUGAGUUGUUGAUUUGCUAAAUCGGUAUAAUACCUAUGGAUUAUUAAUCAACUACUAAUCCUAAUCUUUUCAACAAGCGUAGAGAGGGAAUACAGAAUAACAAAAGCAAAAAAGCUAAAAGAAAUCUUUCUGAACAAGAGAAAUAAUUCCUUUUACUCUACAAGGAAUGCAAUAUCAAUCCAAACUUGAGUGUAUAAAGCGACAUCUUAAAUUAUUUUUAAACAUGCAAAUAUAGAAAAAUUGAACAAAUUGAAUUCUGA